AAUCUUUCGCUUCCUCACAACCUCCCUCCGUCAUCCAACCUGCUCAUCUGUCUUAAUUCUCUUCUUCGCCGUCCGAGACGGCUCAUCGUGCCUCUAGACCUGCUCCGCGGCCCCUGUUCUCGUUGAUAUAUCCCGUUCCGAUUCGCUCCGAUCCUUCCGAGACGGAUUUCCAACCUUUCCAAAAGUCACGAUGAACGCGACGCGACGGCUGUUGCAGCACAGGCAGCCCAUGAUUCAGUUCUUGGGGAAGAGAGCCACUCCAGCCACAAUCGACCAUACCCCCCACCCCCACCCCGAAUCCCCCACCUCCUCCCUCCCCAGCACCUGGAACUCCUUCGCGUCUUACCGCCAGAAAGCCCAGCAGCACGGCCCGCUGAACGCGCCCCCGCCGCCCGCCCGCCACAUCGGCGCCCACCCGGGCAAGGACCUGGGCCCCGUCGCGCCCGCGCGCGGCGAGCUGUUCGACCGGAGCGAGCUGCCGCGCCGGUUUCAGCGGAUGAAGUGGUCGGCGGCGGAGAUUGAGGCGAUUGAGAGCGGGGGGGCGAGUCUUUUUGCCUAGAUGGUGGGGAGGGAUCGCGGAAUGGAGCGUUAGGAUGCAGAGAGGAUAUCCGGACAUCUGGAAGGGGAAUACCCUCAGAUUAGAUCACAGGACGAGUUACCUACCCCCACCGAAUUAUAUAUACCCUUCUAUAGAGGUUUGGUUUUGAGGACCGGUGGG